AUGGAUAUUCCAGCUAUUGAAAAUGACAGUGAAGUGAUGGAGUUUAUCCUGGUGGGUUUAUCCAAUCAUCCAAAAUCCCAGGUUGCAUUUUAUUGUAUUAUGUUAGUGGUCUACCUGGUCACACUGUUGGGAAACAGUCUGAUUAUUGUUGUAGUUAGAAUUGAUGGGAGACUUCAUACUCCUAUGUAUUUUUUCCUAAGUAACCUAUCCUUCCUAGACAUCUGCUACUCUAGCAACUCGGUGCCUUUUUUGUUGUUUAAUGGUCUGAGAGACUACCCAACCAUCUCCUAUACCAACUGCUAUGCCCAGAUGACCAUUGCUCUAUUUCUGGGGAUGACUGAGUGUCUUCUCCUUGCUGUCAUGGCUUAUGACAGGUUUGUUGCAAUCUCGAAUCCCCUGCGCUACACCAUCAUCAUGAGUCAUCAGGUAUGCCUACAAAUGGCCAUGGUGACCUGGGCCAGUGCCUUCCUUUUAGCCCUAAUACCAGUCAUUGCAUUUCCUGCUCAUUUUUGUGGACACAAUAUCAUCAACCACUUUACCUGUGAGGUCCAGGCCCUAUUGAAACUUGUCUGCUCAGACACCCCACUCAGAUUUAUUCUGGGCCUGGUCAUUGGCAUAUUCACACUUCCCAUGCCCUUCACCUUCAUCCUUAUCUCCUAUGCUCGCAUUGUGGUUGCAGUGCUGAGGAUCCGCUCUGCAGAGGCCAGGCUCAAAGCUUUUUCUACCUGUGGCUCUCAUCUGACUGUGGUCACCAUCUUUUAUGGAACUGCUAUCUACAUGUACUUGAAACCUCAGUCAAAGGAAUCCCAAGACCAAGACAAAGUCGUCUCUGCAUUUUAUGGUGUUGUGACCCCUAUGUUGAACCCCCUAAUUUAUACCUUGAGGAACAAAGAUGUAAAAAAUGCCAUAAGAAAAAUAAUUGGAAAUAAAGAGUUCUAA